UCUUCUUGUCUUUAUCUCGAACACAUGCUUGCAAUAUCUGCCUGCGCAGUUGCGUGCGUUCCGGUCUGCAAAUUCACCAACGUAAUGUGGCCCUCGCAGUACGAGUACAUCCCACAUCCCCGAUGAUAUAAGCGAAGAAAAACAAGGAAAGAGAAGUUGCGCCUGAGCGACGGGCAAUUGGUCUGGCUAAGCGCCUGUAGCAGCUCGCCUCGCUUAGGAUAUUGCUAGUAUUGUACAUCUGUUCACGAUUGUUUGUCGGCUUACAUCAUGUCAUCGUCAACGGACGACGCCGCGUACAGCGAUACCACAAUCAAUUGGAUGCCAGAACCCAACGUCCGUGGCACAUUCGAGCUCUUGAGAAGCUGUUUGAUUACACUCUCAUUAUGCGUGUAUGCAGCUGUGCAUCUGAACGUGCCGUGCACGACCGACAAAAGUAAGCUUCUGGCCGCACAAGUGAAAUGGAUCCUGUGUGGAAUGUUUGCGCCGGAGCUGGUCGUCUUCACAGCAUGGUCGCAGUGGAUCUCGGCCAGAGAACUCAUGCGGACGGUAGAGCAGUGCAACAAGGGAAAGGAUCCGAGCAUGCACUACCCUGACUGGAGCAUGAAACACAAUUUCUUCGCUCAGAUGGGCGGCUUUGCGAUUGAUACCAAGGAUCAUGGAGAGGAGUACAUCCCUGAAUCUCCCCGAGUGCAUCUCACCGCCAACGGGGCCGCCGUCCUCGCGCAACAGGGCCGCUUGCCACGAGUCACUGAACAGUUUAUAUCGGACAAAAGCAAAGCCAACAGUCUCGCCAAAGUCCUUGUCGUGAUACAGGCUGGAUGGCUCAUCGUUGAAUGCAUAGGUCGUGCAGUUGCCGGCCUCCCCAUCACUCUUCUAGAGAUCAAUACAGUGGCCCAUGUCGUUUGCGCAUUGAUGAUGUACGCGUUGUGGUGGCACAAACCUCUCAACAUCAGUGAACCCGUGGUGAUAAAGGGAGAUGGGAUACAUUCUUUCUGCUCCGCCAUGUGGAUGUUCAGCGAGUUCAGCAGUCAAAAGGACCAUGAGUUCACAAAGAAGUUUGAGCGCUCUGAAUUCGAAAGCCUCAUCCGCUAUGAGAUUCUCCAACAGCGUUCCAACUCGCUUCGAGAGCCUUGCAUGCAGGCUACCAGCAACACAGGCGACGUCGAAAAGGAUGCGGAUACCUCAUACAGUCCCGACAACUGCACAAGCUUUGGUACACGACAGUCCCAACACCCUACUGCUCGACAGCAGCUACGAAAUCCUCCCAAUGCAGCGACCCAUCACAACGAUGAAAUAUGUUCCUUUUUAGGCAAAGCCAAGCAGGUUGAGCCCAGUCAGCAAGAACUCACAGUCAGGACCAUGCGUCCGUUCUCUCAUGGCGAAGUGCUAUCGAAUAUUCAUGCUGUCCAAUGCGUGGACUCGCAAAAAUCGUUCGAUAUCAGAGUUGGUGAAGAACAGGCAUUGUUUCCGAUGGGCUUUGGUCCAAACUCGGAAGGCCUGCAUCCACUUGCGAGAAACGUGUCAAGAAAUGCAAACACCAAUGGCACACCCGGACAGCCAGUCCAUAUCGAAGUGGACAAGAUUCGGCUGAACAGAUGGUCUUUGGCAGCAGCGUGCCUCGACAGGCAUCCAAACCUCUGGGCACGACACCAGCGUAGGCUGCCAAAUAUACGUUCACAGGACGGAGUACUUUGGACUCGCACAGAAUAUCCCAACGAGUUAUGCAAAACAAAUUAUGUGAACGUCAGAAUACCGAAUUGGCCAGGGAAUGACUUGAUAUGGCGCAACAAGGGUCUAGCUGUGGGCUUCUUCGUCGCUUGUGGUACCAUAUACGGUGCGAUUCAUCUAUCUGCGUGGAAUGCACACUUUCCCAGUUCGCCUGAACGUCUUUGCUGGAGGAUUUCCGCCAUAUCCCUUGCUGGGUCUGCGUUUCUGUUUUCUCUGGCGUCAGUAUAUGAUGGUCCAUUUCUUGCGGGUACUCGGGAAAAUGGAUCCGAAGGCACGUCACGGCAAGGCUGGCGUGGGUGGUGCAUUCGGUGGGGUAUCGAAUGUGUUCGCACGGUUUUUGGGAGUAUGCUUUUUAUCUGCGGUGUGGUGUAUGUUUGCGCUCGAGGUUUUCUUGUCGUCGAGGCCUUUAUCAGUCUACGUGCAUUGCCACGAGAGGCUUACGAUACGCCACAGUGGUCGCAAUAUCUGAGUCACUUGUAACAUGUGUCUCAGACGCAUGGGGGUUAUGUGGAAAGCGACGAGAUCAUGUCGAUAUGGGAUAGUUGCGGUCAAUCUAGCCGGGCUUUUUAGCAUGGCAUUCCCUUCGUGAGUGUAACUUUCGGGACCCGUACUUGUGGCCACCUGGGCAUGACAUUGAGAAAAUGGGUUUCCGUAGAGCGGAUAGAAUGUGAGGAGUUCAAAUCAGGAACCACUGAGUGACAAGGGCGAAAUUUCAGGAAACAGACGUCGA